AUGAGUACGACGCCGAAAUGGUAUUGUCGUAAUAAAUCUCAACCUAUGCACAUGUUUGCGGAACUUACAAAACUGGGUCAAGAUUUAAGGCGUAUUACGAAACGCUUAGUUAUCGACGUUAAAGUGGAUAUAUUCAGUGAACACGACACUUUACUAGACGAAUGUGAACAGAUUAUUGAUCAAUAUUGGAGUUUAAAAGAUAAUACCAUGAAUAAAGAUUUUCAAUCAUUAUCGAAGAAAAUCAAACGUAGCCCUUAUAAUACUUUGCUAAUGCAUAAAUUUCAUGUCAUUACGGAAUUAAAUGAUAGACGGUUUUGUCAACUGACUUUUGUUCUCAAAAAAACCUUAAGUUUUCUUUUACGUAAAUCUUUACAAUCUGAGGUGUGGAUGAAUUGGGCUUUGCAGAUAACAGAGCUCUAUAAUAAAUGCCGUAAGCCUUUAGUAGACUCUACAGCAAAUGGAUCGCCAAAAUCGCCGGAUGAACAAAUGAAUGCGAAUAUCUGCAGUAAUAUGUAUCCGGCUUUAUUGUUACCUUAUAAACGCGUAGACUUUGCCUCUGUCUUACAGUUAGUUUCACAGCAACGCAUCGAACAGAAUUCUUUGGAUCUAAUGUUCGGCCUAUUUAAUAUGAACGAUCAGGAGGCUUGGCGCGACACCAACGAAUCGAAUUGCUCUAGUUUGGAAAUAUUACGCAUAUUAACUUUAAAUCUUACUAGCGAUGGCGAUUUCCAACAAUUUUAUACAGAGCAAACGAAUAGAGAUUACACCGCUUUAACAUUAACACCUGAGCCAGGGUCUAGUUCAACAAAAGGAAGUUCGGCAGUUCAUAUGCGUAGUAAACAUAUUGAAUAUUUUUUGCAAAAUGAGCGUUCCUUUGUAAAACAAUUCAUUGAAAAAGCUUAUGAUAUAUCUCCGACUAUAUUUGGUCAAGCGUCGAAUGAAAAUUUGCAUGAGUUCAUUUUGCAAGGUAUGCGCCUAAUGUGGUCUUAUGUUGGUAUUAUUUUAGAUCAUAUUAUCCUAUGGUGGAUAGACACGCCUAUAUCGUGUUAUUCUCUAGCGCAUGUCAACUCUAUACGUAAAUGGUUGUUUAUGCAAAACGUUAAUGAUGUCCCUGAACCCAUUUAUUCCACUUUGCAAGGUGUAGCGGAGAUUUUAACAAAUUUUGUAAGCAAUAAUUUAUGGGAUCGUUUAUUCCGUUUAACUUUAAUGACAGCGUCAGCGAACGAGCGCAAUGUAGAUCAAUUUCUCGAUAGUCAUAACACUUCGCCAGCGAAUAAUUUUGGUACCAAUACCGGUACAGUAUGGAUAGCGAUAUUUAGUAAUUUAAUCGACUUGAGUAAUAAUUAUUUUCAUAGUGACGAUGUGAGCAAUUCUAGUCUCUUGCCGGUGGCCGAACAAAUACCGAUUUUACAUAGGAUCGAUCACACAGUUCAUUGUCUACGUAUAUGGGUUAAAGAGGAAUCGAAAAAGUUAUGUGGUAAAUGGAAAAUGCACCGUUACUUCCAGAUACACGAGCAUGAUGUUCGCUUAUGUUUGAAAUUAUUUGAAAAGUUUAAACUGCCUAAACUUACUGCCGAUCUUAGUGAUAUAUUGAUGCUGGUCUGUGUGGCUUUGAGGACCAAAUUAAUUUGCGAAGUUAAUGUUAAUUUAGAUAAAUUAAAGAAAACCACCGAGGAGUGUGUUCAAAUACUUUCCGAUAUCUGUCGUCUGUUAAGCUUAGCUAAUUUUACUCUAUGUUUUCCACCUACCGAAUACUGGCAAAAAGCUUCUUUCGAUGACGACAAAAAAAAAAAUGAUUACGUUGGCUAUGUUUUGGAUCAGAUUUACUUACCAUGCAUUAAGGCGACAAAGGAUAUUUCAAUAUUGAAAUUAAUAUUGAAAUUAAUCUGUGAAGCUUGGCUAGAUUUUAUUUAUCAACGACAAAUACGUUUUAGUGUUAACGGUGCCGUACGUUUGCUUAAUGAUUUCGAUGAGGUACGCGAAUGGUUAUUAAGUUGCCCUCUCCUUGAUGCUGAGCAUUUAGAAAAGUUAAGCCAUCACGAGGUAUUACGCAUGUGCAAAGGUGUAGGUAAAAUUUUAUUACGCAAACCGGAAGAUAUUAUAUCCAUAGCUCAGACACCGAAAUUUGAAAAACGAUUAGGUGACUCGGCCGCUAAUGCUCAGGACACGCAACUGCCAUCGGAAAUGUUUGUUUCCAAUCAAAAGCAUUGGUUGCAAUUAAGAGCAUCUAAGUCUUCGAUAACAUUUUUGCCAUUUUGUUGCAAGGAUUCAAGUAUUUAAA